UCGGUCCAAUCUUCGUCGUCGUCGUCGUCUUCGUCGUAUAACGCGCGUGCGUGCAACACUUUUUGGAUUUGUUGCUCACAAUUGGAAGUAACGGUGCGAAGGUGAAACUGGAAAGUCAGCGAAGCUUACCAAAAAAUAUGCAAAAGUGCAUCUUCAACUGACAAGUCGGCAAUUUUUUUGCAUUUUGUUAUUAAUUUAUGUGCGCAAAAACAAAAUAUUGCAAAAAAAAUAGAUAUAAAUAAAGCAUAGGCAAAGUUCACAGCCGGUUUAGUCAUACACAAAAAUUCUGAGAAAAAACUCAGCGCGCAAGUGAAUUGAGAAUCGCCAACUGUCAGAUAUACAACCAGGUGUGCGUGUGAGUGUUGUUUAUGGAUGUAUAUAUGUACAAUGUGUAUGUGUACAUGUGUCUGUACGUUUAACAGCUGUUAGACUGCACUUCCAGUUUAAAUUGCGUACUUAUUCGGUAUUUGCUCUGGCGAACAGGCAGCGAUAAGAUACAGAUACCCAAGACGUUUGUCCAUAAUUCGCACUGUGUGUGCGUCUGUAUGUGUGUGUGUGUGUGCGUGUAUUUAUCUUAUCGGUUAAACAUUGAUUGGAGCAGCAGCAGCAGCAGUUGUUUGCCGGGUGAAGUCAUUUGCGCAGCGACUAAGCUUUUGAGACUAUGGACAAGGAGCGCCGCCAACUAAAUAGAUAGCACAUAUCUAACCUACCCGUCGUAAAGAAUAUAAAAACGAACUUGCGGAAAAACCAGCCACACAAUCUUUGGCUAAAUUUGGAUUCAAACCAAAUACCAAAGAAGGCAUUGCCAACAUAAAUCAACUGACAACUGCAGCAGCAACUGCAGAAGCUGCCAACAUGGACAUAGAAUCUGACUCAGACACCUGGGAGGACUUUUUUGGCAGUACCACAGAGCUCGCACCAUCGCUGCUGGGUUUCUAUGACACACUGACAAACAGCUUGGCCGUAAGUGGUGCAACAGCGACAGCGACAACCACAACCAAGGCUGACGUGCAUGGCACACAGGCCAUAGGCGGCAGCAAUCAGGGCAGCGGUGAAUCAACGCCCAAACGCAGCAACAGCAACUGCAGCAGCAGCAGCAACUCAAGCAACACAAGCAACACAAGCAACAACAGUAACAACAGCAACCACAGCAGCGACAACCAUUCGGGCAGUUAUACACUGCAAGCAGCAGGAGCAGCACCACUUCAAACGCCGCUGGUGGUUGCCGGUCUGCAUGAUGAAGCUGAUGGCGUGCGGCUGAGUCGGUUCAGGCGUCAGGAGCUGGGCAGCAGUCACAGCAUCGCCUCAAGUGCCAGUGGCAGUGGUGCCACCAAUUCCAAUACCAAUUCCAAUCCCAGUCCAAACUGCCGACGUGGCAACAACAUUCGCGUGCUAUCGCCCAAUGUGCAGCGGAUUAUUGCACACGCGGAUGCGGUGCCCGUAAAUGCAGUCGACAUUGAGGCACUGCAGCAUUCGCAAUCGCAACAGCAGCAGCAGCAACUGUUGCUGCCCGCAGAGCGCAGUCCGACGCCCACACGUUAUAUAAAAGCAAGCACACCACCCAAAUUAAAGCUGUCGCAUCUGCCGCUGUCCAAGAUCACUGGCAAACUAUCAACGCAAUCGGGCAGCGAUCUGGUGUCCACAUUAGAUGCAAGCUGCGAUUAUAGCGGAUCACUGAGCAGAAAAUCAACGCCAGUGGAUGAGGAUAAGACGCCCACAAAUAAGACGGCACCAGGCACACCAUUUCAUUUCGAGGGUCUGCCAUUUGCACAGCUCAAGCUGCAUCGCUACGAAACGCAGCAGAGCAUUAAGCUAAUUGAAAUGGAGAAGCUGGCGACGACCAGCAUGCAACUGAAUGCGACACCGCCACCAACAACGCCGCCACGUCACAAGGCAUUCGUUGUGGCCAUGGAGCCGGUCAGCCCGGAGCCGUAUGUGGACACCAUUAAUUUCGAUGUGGUUGCGCAGCACAUUGGUCAGCUGGCGCUAAGCGAUCGGGAUUUGGGCGAGACAAAUUCGGCCCAGGAGCUGGUCGAAGCCAUCAAUAAGCCGCUGAUCGGCAAGCCUUUGGUGCGCAGCGUGUCCGCACCGCGUGCCUGCCAAACCUAUGUGCGUACCAAGCUCAAGAGUCAGACUGGCAAGGCGAACACGCUGGGUGGUGGCAUGCCUCUAAGACUGCCCACCGCCGAGAUGCUUGCCGAGCUGGAGGAGGCCAACAAACUGUCCGCGGAGAGUCUGGACACGUUGACCGACAUCAAACCCAAGUAUCCGGCGCGUCUCAGCGAAUUGACGCGUCUCAAUAAUCGUCCGCUCUCCUCCUCAUCCAUUUGCUCAACAUCCUCGAGCUCAAGUUCUGGCUCCGAUCAGCUGCUCAACGGCAAGCUGACAGCCACAUCGUAUUUGGCCAGCGUGGAGAGCUUGGCCGAGAGCGAGAACGAGCUGGGCGAUCAUCAUCAUCAUCACCACCAAUCCCAUACAAAUCCAAUGAGCGUUCUGGAACGCGCCUGCCUGGAAAUUGUAGACUCCGAGCGCAGCUAUGUCGAGGAUCUCGGCCAGGUUAUCAAGGGCUAUCUGCUGGACUGGAAGGAACGCGCCUGCCUGCGACUGGACGAAUUGCAAAUACUCUUUGCCAACAUUGAAGAGAUUUACGAAUUCAACUCGAUGCUGCUGCAGCAGCUCAUCAACUCGAACAUGGAACCGGGCAGAAUAGCAAAAUGUUUUAUAAACUUACGCGAACGUUUUAAUGUGUACACAACCUACUGCACAAGCUACCCGGAAGCCAUCUCGCUGCUGACCAAACUGCUGCAGGCGAAGCACACGAACUCGCUGCUUGCCUCCACGCAGAAGCUGCUGCAGCAUCGCCUGCCCCUUGGCUCCUAUUUGCUGAAACCGGUGCAACGCAUACUCAAGUACCAUCUGCUGCUGGACAGCCUGCGCAAGCAUUGUGAUGUCAAGGAGGUGGCCGAGGCGUAUGCCAUAAUGCGUCAAGUAGCGCACAACAUUGACCAGGUGAAGCGUCAGCAGGAGCAGCAGAGUCGUGUCAAGGAGCUGUCCGGCAUUCUAGACGGAUGGAUGGGACCAGAUCUGAGCGUGCUGCGCGAACUGCGACACGAGGGCUUGCUCAUGGAACAGCAUAACAAGCCGCGUCAGGUGUUGCUCUUCGAUACGAUGCUGAUCAUUACCAAGCAAAAGGAGGAUGGUCGACUGCAGUACAAGAGCCUCAUAACCCAAAAGAAUUUGAUGCUGAGCGAACAUUUGCCGGGUGAGCCGACCAGCUUCUAUGUCAUCCCAUUCGAUGAGCCGCGCAAUCAAAUCAAGUUGACGGCCAGAAAUCGUGACCAGAAGCGUAUCUGGACGCAGCACAUUAAAGGUGUUAUGCUCGAGGAGUUCGAUAUACCCACGCGCGCCAGGGAACGUUACCAGCUGGGCAACGAGGAAGAUCGCACGCCCGAUCGCAGCACUUGGAAGUGGAGCCUCAACUCGAGCAGCAACUCGACGCCGACGUAUUUGGAGCGUCGCAACGCCUGCCGUCGCAGCGAGAUACGUCAGCGCAAUUCCAAGUUCAAACGCAAGACGCUCACCAAUUCGAGCUCCUUUGACAGCUUCAAUGAAUCCCUGGAGCAGUCGCCCUGCCAGGAGCAGCCCAUUAAGCCCGCCAAGCAGUUGGCGCGCAACAACAGCUUAGAUGACACGGCCCUUCAGAAAUUGGCAGCUGCUGUGCGUUAUCGUAGCGGUGGCAAGCGUGAAUCGAAACUGAGUCCCAGCAAGGAUCAAUGCAAGUGUGCCGAACAGCGAAUUGAUCAGCAGCCGGAUCAGGAUCAACAGCCGGAUCAGCAGCAGCAGCAGCAGCAGCAGUGUUUGUGCAUUAUGCGUGAGCAGCGCAGUCGUACCAAGUCCCAGAGUCCCGUCUUCAGCUACAAGGCGCUCAAGGAGCGCAGUAAAUCGGUGCCGCGCAUCGGUGGCUUCAGUUUUGACGAGCACGCGGAGGCGCUAGAUGACGACAGUCCCGCCUCGCUGCGCGGCAGCAAGCCAGAUCUCAGUGAGCGCAAGGUCAAGGGCAAGGGAUUCUUUGAGGUGAAGCAAUACAAUCACAAGACGAUGCCCAAGCGGAUCGCCACUCUGAAGAAGCAACGUGGCAGCAGCAGCAACAGUGGCGGCGGCCGCAAAGAGAGCUGUUCCAAGUUCUACAUGGAUCUAAGUGAGUUUGACAGCACUGUGCUGAAGAUCACCGAAUCCACCGAGGAUCUGGAGCUGGCCGAGGAGGCCCAAGAGUCGCCAGAACCGACGCAAGCGCAACAGUAUUAUGAGACAACGACUCUGUCGCCGGCGGAAAAGUCCAAGCGUGAUGCUGAGAUUGUCCUGGAUCUGCUGAAGAACAACAAGGAGUUUGAGCGCAUCUACAACAAGAACAAGCAGCAGAAGCAGCGACGCGACACCAGCCAGGCCACAUCGUCGCUGAGUCCCACACAGGAGGCGGCACCGCCUCCACUGCCGCCGCGGCCACCAUCGCGCUCACCGCCGCCACUAGAGGCCGAGCAGGAGCAGGCCUUGACCUCAUCGCCGGAUGAGCAGCCCGACGAGCCCAUCUAUGAGACGCUGCUACGCAACGUGCAUGUCCCAUAUAAAUUCUCGCCCGUGCUCGGACGGGCCAAAUCCGUGCAGUAUUUCAAGCAGCGCGAGAAGCGUCCGGCUGCGCCACGCCCGGAAUCGGAUUAUGUGACCUUAGUAUAUUCGCCGGAGGGUGUGCUACAGCGCGUCGGUGAGGAUGCAGUGCAGCAGCAACACCAGCAGCAGCAACAGCAGCGUGACAGCACCGGCUCCGAGUCUAGUUCCGGCUCCACGGUGAAGCGUGACAGCCAGACAACGGUCAUCAAUCUGUGCCUGGAUUCGAAUGCUGAAUCGGAUCCGAUUGAUUCGCUGUAUUCACGCCCCAUACCAAAGAACCUAAUGAAGCGUCUGCUCAGCACCAGUGGCGGGCACAAUAGCAACAAAGCCACACUGGAGAACGUUAGCCACUCGGAGAUCUCACUGCUGCCGCGUGCCCUAAAAUCCAUUGAUAAUCUGAGCAUGGCAUUCGCACGCAGCAAUCGGCCACCGGAACGUCGCGUCUCGGAUGUGAGCGAAAUGUGCCGGCAGAGCAUAUUGCAUCGGCAGGGCAGCGAGGCGGUGGGUGAGCGGAUGGCGCAUGUAGACUAUGCGGAUCCCAAGACGCUAUUCAGCAUCAUUGCCAGCUCAGAGGCGUCACUGCAACGAGACUCUGUCUUCUCGCUCACCUCAUCCUCGUGCACGUCGAGCGACAGCAUGUGCGAGCAGCAACGCAGCAAGCUGCCGGGUUCCCACUUUGAGUACGAACAGCACGUGGAGGACAGUCUGGAGAAUGAUUUUCGUGAUUCGGCCAUUUACAGUGAUGACAACAAUGAGAAACGUAGCAUUCUUGACUAUGAUCUAAAGCGGCCACGCAGUCCGCCACCACCGCCACCGUCGUCGUCGUCGUCGUCGUUAGUGGAACAGGGAUCAGGAUUGGAACGGGAACGUUACGCGGCACCACCGCAAGUAGCACCCAAACCGACUAAGGCAGCGCUGCAGGAGCUUCUUAGCCAGCAUCCCAGUGUCGUCCUCUGUCCACCGCAUCUUAGCCAGACGGCAUCGCGCAGCUGGGUUCUCCAACAGAUUGAGAAUUUUAAUAAGUAGCAGCAGCAAUCAGUUUGUCCAUUGCCAUAAAAUUGAUCCUUUUGUAGUUUUUGUAAAUAUACAUUAUAUACACUAUAUAUAUACUUAUACACACAUGCCUAAACAUAUAUACACAUGUGUAACGUUUUACGAUCUAACUAAUUAGUCUUUAAUAGAAUACU